AUAAAUAUUUCUCAAGACAUUUCUGGUCAUUACUUGUCAAUUAUCAGCCAGGACACACAGAAAAUGAGGUGCUUUGUCGUAGUUCUCCUUUGCCUUAUCGGUUAUGCCUGGUCCGAAUCCUGCACCAACUCAGCUACGGACUGUACUCACACGUCAUGCACAGAUGGCUGGGAGAUGCACUGCGUUGAUGCUGUCUGCACCUGCACUCAGUCAAACAACAUGAAAUGCACCACUCUUCAGGACUGCCUGGACUUGACUACCUGGGACUGCCCAGCCAACAGACGACAUUGUAUCGACAAUAUGUGCAGAUGUACUCGAUUCUAAAUAAACCUAAAAUCUUACA